AUAACCAAUGGCUUCGUCACUCAGGCUCUACCGCCGCCGCCGCAGGCUCCCAGCACAAACAACUGCUAAGCCCACUUUGAUGGUGAAUCGAGCCGUUUUGCCGCAGCACCAUCGUCGACUUGUAGGGAUCAAGGGCCAGCGUCAACGCCUUUGAAAGAAAUCGAAGGAAUUAGGGCUACUAAUAAUUCAGGUGGUGCGUAGAUCACAAGAAGGCGACGGUUAAGGAAGAUCGAGGAUGCCAAAGCAGCGGCACGGGAAACGCCUAGGCGCUCUUGAGCUAGAGCCUCGGCCUCGGCAGGAUCACCUGUACCUUGUCUUUGAUGACUGGUCGUUCGGAUAUACCAUCCGCAAGGUAAAUACGUCGAAUCGCUUCAAUCCCCCCGUGCAGCGCUUGCCUCGGCCUUUCUUCAAAUUGGAGGCGCCGCACGAGUCUCCGGAGUACUUCGCGUCAGCCUUUGGCACUAGGAUUUUGCUGAUGCAUCCCAGGGAUCCUGCGGGUCAUAACUUGUCCGGCAGCUUCUUCCCCAUGUUGGACGUCCGCUCGCGGAGUCUCACCUUUGGCCCUGGGCUCGAGUUUCCGAUUCAUCCCGUCUAUCUCGCCGUCGGCAAUAAGCUAUUCAUUAUUGCCGAAGCCUCUUUUGAGAUGCUCUACUUGGAUCCACAAUCUGGCUCCGAGUGGUCGUGGGAACUGCUCCCACAUCCGCCAUUCCAGAUUUACGACGUCUGCUCGUACGCUUUAUACGGACAUUCUCUCCUUGUGAGCACCGAGAACGAAGCCUUUGCUGCCACCUUCACCUUUGACACGGUAAAAAGUUCAUGGAAACAACUUGGCAAGUGGGUGCUGCCUUUCGAGGGUCGUGGUCACUUCGACCCUCUCCUGGGCGCAUUUGUUGGGCUCUCGAAAGACCCAGACACCCUCGGCCAACUCAUUUGCUGCUACAUGCACACCUCCGACACUGGCCACACCCUUGAGUUGAAGCUCAGCAAGGAGAAGCUGUUCAGCGAGGACCCAGCCUUGAGGCACAUAGGCGCCACCCUUGUGUACAUGGAAAGCCAGAGCAAAUUCUGCCUCGUAGAAUGUGUCUCCAUUGUUGACGACAGUGCUGAUCAGGAGCUCAAGGAAGAGGAAGACCUGCCCCAAUCUGGCUGCUGUCUUUGUUGUUUGACUACAUUCUAUCUCUGUCAUGACAUGAAUGGAGACCCGACGACCGGCAGGAGCUGUAUGGUGCAGUACUACGAAGUGCCUAGAGCAACCUCUAUGUUGUUCCUCCAAGAUCCUGUUGCAUUUUGGAUGUAAAAUGCUAAAAUCAUGUUAUGAUGACCGAGUUCCUAUGUUUAUUUUUCACUCAGUUGUGACUGCUGCAUUUCUAUGUUUUAAUAAUGUGUUUACUCGUCUGUGAUUCAGCUAAUGUAUCACCACCUCUGUAACUUCAUUUGUUUUAUGUCUAUGAGUAAGCAACAAGAAAGUAUUCUAUG